CAACAUGUAGACUUGCAUGGGACUCGGCUUCACACAUCACGGGGAGGGGUGAAUGGAAUAGCAGACAGAAAGUUUUAGUACCACGGACUCAACAUGAACUAAGGAGAAACUGGGACCAUUGUACAAAUAUUUACAAAUGCCUAGUGACCCACCGUGUCAUAUUUCUGCUGGCGUGAGUGUGUUUAGGCCUACCGAGCGAUAACUCGUGUUAUGGAACAGCAAGUGAGCGAUGAAGAAGAAUCUCAACCUGUAGUCCUUAGAGAAGAGAACCGGAGGAGGAGAAGAAAGAUGAAAGCCUUCACCUCCACCUUCUCCGUGGCCAUGGAUCAGAUAGCCAUCGAGUUCGUCCUCCCCACCACCACUAAGAGUAGCCGCAGCCCGGACACCUUGCUCCUGGAGGUGGCUGGGAACUGGACGGUGGAGCAGGUGAAAGCCCAGGUGUGGCUGAGGGUAGUAGCCACCAACCUGUGCCCCGAGUUCUAUCAGAAGUACUCUCCUGACCACUGCAUCCUGCUCUACCAGAAGAAGGGCAACUGGUGUGAGAUCUACGAUAAGCACCAGGUGUUUCAGACGCUGGACUGCAUCCGCUACUGGAAAGCUCUGAAGAAAGAUGUGGGGAAGAUCCACCUGACGUGCCGGCCUCAGCCCUCUGAGGAAUCUACACAGUACCAGAGGUACCUCAACUACCUGAUUGGCUACGACGUCACCGACGUCAGCAACGUGCACGAUGACGAGCUGGAGUUCACCAGGAGGAAGCUCCUCACACCCCGCAAGAUAGAGCUGGCCGACCGGGACCCCAAACUCUACUCAAUGGACCCUUGGAUCACAUCCAAGCACCUCCCAGAGUACCUGCUCACCAAGGUGACCAACAGCCACAUCCUGCUGGUCAUUCACAGGAACAAGGCCAGCCAGACCAUCAAGGUGUCCAUCGACGACACGCCCGUCCAGGUGCUCCAGACCUUCUUUACCAAGAUCUCCAAUAAGAGGGCUCUGCUGGGAGUUCCUGAGGAUGUGUGUGAGGCAGACUAUGUCCUGAGGGUGUGUGGCAGGGAAGAGUAUAUCUAUGGGAACCACCCGGUCAGGGACUUCCACUGGGUCCGACAGUGUCUGAAGAACGGGGAGGAGAUCCAUCUGGUCCUGGAGUCGGCUCCUAAUCCAGGUCAAGACCUGGUCCAGAAAGAGGACUGGGCACAGGUGGAUGACUGUACUGGAGUGGCAGGCACCCAUGAGCAGCUGACGAUCGACGAGAAAGACCACGAGCGGGUCUUCACAAUCUCUCUGUGGGACUGUCACAGGAAGUUCAGGGUUAAAGUCCUGGGCAUAGACAUCCCGGCCCUGCCGAGGAACCCUGAGCUGAUUGUGUAUGUGGAGGCCAGUAUCUUCCAUGGCCAGCAGCUCCUGGCUCAGGAGAGGACCUCCUCCAAGGCUUUCACUGAGGAGGUGCUGUGGAACACCUGGCUGGAGUUUAAUAUACGCAUCAGAGACCUGCCCAAGGGGGCUCGCCUCAGCCUACAGGUGUCCUGUGGGAAGGCCCAGACCCAGAUCUCUAAGGGCACCUCCUCCUACCAGGACAACGGAGGAUCCCCAGUUGGAGGUGGCAGCGGCAGCCAUGAUUGUAAUAAGACUAAGAGUCGUCUGCUGUACUACGUCAACCUGCUGCUGGUGGACCACCGCUCGCUGCUGCGCCAGGGAGAGUUCAUCCUCCACAUGUGGAAGAUGCCUGAGAAGACCGAGGACAACAGCAGCGUCAAUGCAGACAAGCUGACCUCAGCCACCAACCCAGACAAGGCCUCCUCCAUGGCCGUAGCCAUCCUGCUGGACAAGUACUGCUACCCAGUGGCCCUGCCCAAGAGCAGGGAGGGCAAGGAGGCUGGGGGGGAGGGUCGGGAGGCUGAGGGAGGGGAGAGGGGGCAAAGGGAGAUGCCUAACCACCUGAGGAAGCAGUUUGAGGCAAUUGUUGAGACCGAUCCACUGCACCCUCUCAGCCAAGAAGACAAAGAGCUGCUGUGGCACUUCAGAGAGGAGUGUAUGCGUCACCCCAGGGCAUACCCCAAGCUGCUGGGCUCUGUGCGGUGGGGUAGACAGGAGGCUGUCCUGGCCACCCAUAGGCUGUUGGAGAGGAGCUCUGUAUGGGACCGUAGUGUGCUGGAUGUGGGCCUGGCCAUGCAGCUGUUAGACUGCCACUACUCUGACGCUCACGUCCGCUCCAUGGCCGUACGCAAGCUAGAGACCCUGGGGGACGACGACGUCCUCAGGUACCUGCUGCAGCUGGUCCAGGCUGUGAAGUUUGAGCCGUACCAUGACAGUGCCCUGGCCAGGUUCCUGUUGAAGAGAGCUCUCAGGAGUAAGAGGAUAGGUCAUUUCCUUUUCUGGUUCCUGAGGAGUGAGAUCGCCCAGUCCAUGCACUACCAGCAGAGGUACGCUGUGCUGCUGGAAGCCUACCUCCGAGGCUGUGGAGAGGACAUGCUGCAGGACUUCAGACGCCAGGUGGAGAUGACAGAAGCCCUGCAGAAAGUCACCAGGGAGAUCAAGGCCAUGUCUGCUGAGAAAUAUGAUGUUUCUGCACAAGUUGUGUUCCAGCUGCGUCAGAAGCUGGAGAACCUGCAGACGUCUGGGCUGCCAGAGAGCUUCAGAGUGCCCUAUGACCCGGGUCUACGGGCUGGUGCUCUGGUGAUAGAGCAGUGUAAGGUGAUGGCCUCUAAGAAGAGACCGCUGUGGCUGCAAUUUAAGAGGGCUGACCCCACCACACUGUCCAGUGACACCAUCGGGGUCAUCUUUAAGGACGGGGAUGACCUCAGGCAGGACAUGCUCAUUCUACAGAUUCUGCUGAUCAUGGAGUCCAUAUGGGAGGAAGAGUCUUUGGACUUGUCCUUACUGCCCUACGGCUGUAUCUCUACUGGGAAUAAAAUAGGGAUGAUUGAGAUAGUGAAAGAUGCCACCACUAUUGCCAACAUCCAGCAGAGCGUUGUGGGAAGCACAGGAGCGUUCAAGGACGAGAUCCUCAACCAAUGGCUGCGGGACAAGUGUGUGAGCGAGGAAAAGUUCCAGCAGGCGGUGGAGAGGUUUGUGUUCUCCUGUGGAGGGUACUGUGUGGCCACCUACGUGCUGGGGGUAGGAGACAGACACAACGACAACAUCAUGAUCACUGAAUCUGGUAACCUGUUCCACAUAGACUUUGGCCACAUACUGGGGAACUAUAAGAGUUUCCUGGGUAUCAGUAAGGAGAGGGUUCCCUUCGUCCUCACCCCUGACUUCCUCUAUGUCAUGGGCACAUCAGGGAAGAAGAGCAGCCCACAUUUCCAGAAGUUCCAGGAUGUGUGUGUGCGGGCCUACCUGGCUCUGAGGCAUCACACCAACCUGCUCGUCAUCCUGUUCUCCAUGAUGCUGAUGACGGGCAUGCCUCAGCUCACCAGCAAAGAAGACAUCGAGUACAUCCGCGAAGCGCUGACUGUGGGCCGGCCGGAGGAGGAGGCACAACGCCACCUGCUGGACCAAAUAGAGAUCUGCAGGGACAAGGGCUGGACCGUGCAGUUCAACUGGUUCCUACACCUGGUGCUGGGCAUCAAGCAGGGGGUGGAUAAACGCUCAGCCUAGGGUGCUCCCCUUAUGGUGUCAAUGGCUUAGUGGGCUGGCAACACCAGAGGGAUGGGUUCAAAUCCCACAUGGGCCACAUAUGUGAUAAUUGUAAGCCACUUUAGGUAAGAUUACUAUGUUGAUUGAACGCCCAAAUAAGGAGAGAGGGAGAUAUAGUCAGAGACCAAAGUCUGGAUCUAAAAGUUUGUCAACCCUUCCUCAAUGAUGUAACCAGUUGUUCCGAUGCAUUGCCCAUUGACUGUACCAUGGACUGUAUACAGUAACAGUCUUAUUUUUGCACUUUCAAGAUCAAAGCCUGAUCUUACCAUAUGUUUAUGAGUUAUACAUAAAUAUUGACUCCUGUUCCUCUGCUAAUGCACUGCAUCUGAUUGUAUCAUCUGUUAAUAUAACAUCCGACUUGCAUGACUGAUGGUGGCAAUACCAUAAUAAACCUAAUCAUAGAGAAAUAUAGUUUUAUAUUAUGUCCCAUCGCUAGAGGUCGACAUGCAAAUGUUAAACUGAGUGACUCACCAACCUCGUCAGAGGAAGAGGUCUCUAGGAAACCAAAGGAAGCUUUUCCACACCCGGGUGAGUUCACAUAAACCAGAUAUCAGAAUUUCGGGUGUUUCAUCGUGGAAGCAGUCAGUAUAGUUUUACCAUAAAAUUACAUUUCACUCAUCAAGAUGAAAGAGGUUGAGGAUUAGGCGCGCAGUAUCGAAGUAGGCUAGCUAGCUACUUAAAUGCAUAUGAAAUGUGUGCAGCACCACCCCAUGUCGCCCGCGAAGCAUCUAUGCUCAAACCCAGAGCAAUCCAAUUAUUGACAUUGAAGCCAGUGAAUCCCAGCUAACCCAAUUCGAGCCAACUCAAUUGUGCCUCUGUGUCCUGGAUAGGUAGCCUCUCUCCAUCUCAGGUCUUGGGGAUGUGGAUGCGGUUGCAGCUUCAGUGUCUGCUGCUGGACUCCGUACGGAGUGUCCUGGAAGCAGUGAUCCGGAGGAGCUUUGGUCCUGAUGGAGUACAGGUGCUGUUCACACGGGACAAACGCUGUUGACACGCCACGGAAAACGCAUCCUCACAGCCGUGCAGGAUGGUGGUGGAGGGUGUGAGGAGACACAGCUCGGUGACAGGAGACGGCUCCCAGACCUUCGUCCUGCUGCUCGCCUCAUUGCUACGGGGGAUACAGAAACACACCCGAAAAUCCUCCCGGGAAGGUGCCAAGCGUUUGGCUGAAGCUCUGCUGGCCUUCGGCUUGGACGAGCUCAGUGAUGUUAUCACUGUUGGAGUGGCUCCACCUGGCUCCUCCCGUUCAGACACACACACCCCAGGACAGACAGAUACACCCACUCUGUGCCACCUACUCAGUGCUUUCCUUCACACCCGGAUCAGCCCUACUCAUGUGGAAAUCAUCAGCCAACUGAACUGUGAGCUGCUCUCCCAUUGGAGUUGCCAUGGCAACUUCGUAAAUGAACACUUCCCUGCUCUGCACACAACAGUAUCAGGCUUCCUAUUGGCUGUUCCAGUCUGCUGGAGGGCCAGGUCAUACAUGCAGAUUUAUCUACACCCUUCCCAUUCUGCGACCAUGGACCAAUCAGGACCCUUGCAGUGACGGAACGCCUGGAACCCAGCCUACAGAUUGGUGGAACUGUACUGGAGCUGGGUGGGGCUAAUAUAGGGAUAGAAAGUGUGUGUGUGAGAUCAGGGCGGGGGUUAGACAGUGUGUGUGUCACCCUACAGCAUCUAGGAGUGUCUCUGCUCCUCUCAUCAGUCAGACAGUCGGAGGCCUUCCUGGCUGCAGUGGGGAGGUACGGUGUGUGUGUGUUAGAGUGUGUGUGAAGACAACCUUACCUUGUUCUCUGUGCUCAGUGGAGCCCAGCCUGUCUCAGACUGGGCCGUGAUUGGACAGGAACAUGUUGCUACGGUGACCUUCUGCCGGCCGCUGGUGCUGGGAGCUCACAGGUUCGUCAAUGUGGGGUUUCCUAAGGCAGAGGACAGGGGCAGACCCCACAGGGCCUGGCGGAACAGAGUGUAUGUGCUGUACGAGAUGCUCUACACAUGCUGCAUACUACUACCUGGGGGCCCAAACACAGGACUAGAGCUACAGAAAGAACCGCUUACACACACACAGACACACACACAAACACACACACAGACGUGAUGGAGCCUUGUUGUGUAAUUUCCGUGGGCAGGACUUUUGACUUCCUGUUACACCACACCCUCCGUCAAACACAGACACGCACACUCCGUCAAACACAGACACGCACACUCCGUCAAACACAGACACGCACACUCCGUCAAACACAGACACGCACACUCCGUCAAACACAGACACGCACACUCCGUUAAACACAGACAUGCACACUCCGUCACACUUGGACACUCCUGCCGCCUCGGGGAUGUUAGCAGAGGCCCUACUGAAUGUGCCCAGACAGAUCUACUCCCACAAUCCUCGGCGCUACCUUGAGGCUCUCGCACACACACUCAGCUGCAUACGUAACCAUGGUAACUCUCAGGACCCGCUGGAGACAGUGCUGUUCUGGUAGUGGAUGGUUCUAAUAUGGUCCAGGCUGACACUAGGUCAGGGUCUAUGUCUGGGUCAGGGGUAAAGGAGGUGACAGUUUGGUCAAGCUCUGGCUCUAGUUCAGGUGUGGAGUCCUUUAUGUAUCAUCUGAUCCUGGCUGUACAGUGUCUCAGGAGUCUAGUGUCUGUGGACACUGUACUACACGCUAAUACCUCACACACCUGUCAGAGAGAAGAGGAGUAGGGUGACGACUGAGAACUCAUACUUGAUUUUAUUUCAUUGUUCAUCCAAAAGUAUUGUAUUCAAUUCUUGAAAAAGUAAUCUCCUUGUGUAGUAUGUCUUUGCAUAUGCAUUUCUAUGUUAAUAAAUCCGAUUGGAUUAAAUGGUUAUAUUAUGUUGUUA